GAGCGCUUGCGUGGACACUUCACGCAGACAAUGGCGGGGAUGAAGCUCAAGUUUAAUGAUUAAUGCUAACGAGUAUAUAUAUAUAUGGCAGCUCGUUAAGAAGCUGAAGUUCACCGAAGUUUACGAUUGUCAGCUUGAAGUUCCGGAUCCAUCUCGCUCGACUCGUGCGCAGCAAGUCACCAUGACUUUGAUGAGGCUGUUGACCCGAUUGAGUGGAUAUAUGCACUGGAAACAAGGUUUGGAGAGUUUGGGAGGCAGUUCUCAGAGCAAGAGAUUACAACACACUGCAGCCCAUUCAUCUUCAUGCAACUAUCAGCUGCUGCCUGACUGCCUGGAGCUCAGCUACGGCGGUCUUGUGAUGCACUUUGACUACGUCUGGCUGCGAGAUCACUGCCGAUCUGCCUCAUGCUACAACUCGAAAACAAACCAGCGUAACCUGGACACUGCCAGCAUCGAUCUGAACAUCAGGCCUUCAAAGAGCAGAGUGGAUGAGAACAACCUCUUCCUCACAUGGCCAGACGGUCACAUCACACGCUACAGUCUAACAUGGCUUGCCCAGAACAGCUACGAGGGCCAGAAGCGAAGUGCCGUUCAUCCUCGAAUCCUGUGGAGCGCAGAUAUCUACUCCAGCGCCCGGGUGCCCUCUGCCAGCUGGGACAAGUUCAUGAGCUGCGACGAGGAGCUGAAGAACUUCCUCAACAACUUCCUGCUUUACGGAAUUGCCUUCGUCGAAGGCGUCCCGCCAACCCUAGAGGCCACCGAAACAGCGACCCAAAGAGUGAGCCUCAUCAGGGAGACCAUGUACGGGCGGGUGUGGAACUUCACUUCAGAUUUCUCCCGUGGAGAUACAGCCUACACCAAGCUGGCGCUGGACCGCCACACAGACACGUCAUACUUUCAGGAACCCUGCGGCAUCCAGGUGUUUCACUGUCUGAGACACGAAGGAACGGGGGGCCGAACUCUGCUGGUGGACGGUUUUCACGCCGCUGACGCUGUCCUCCGCCGAUCGCCCCAGAGCUUUGAGCUGCUUUCCCGCGUCCCCAUCAAACACGAGUAUGUGGAGAACCUGAGUGAGCACCGCAACCACAUGAUCGGCAUCGGCCCCGUGCUCAACGUCUACCCGUGGAACAAUGAGGUCUACAUGAUUCGGUAUAAUAACUAUGACCGUUCUGUUAUUAACACAGUCCCUCAUGACGUGGUGCGGCGCUGGUACGGAGCUCACAGGCAGCUCUCCGCCGAACUCAGGAGUCCAGACAAUGAGCUCUGGGUCAAACUCAAACCAGGCAAGGUCCUGUUCAUUGAUAACUGGCGUGUUCUGCACGGCCGGGAGUCGUUCACCGGCCUGCGGCAGCUGUGUGGGUGUUAUCUGACGCGUGACGAUGUGCUGAACACAGCUCGCUCUCUCGGGCUCCAGGCCUGAGCUCAAACAUUGACCAAAAACCCCCUGACUUCUCACAGCAGUAUUACCUAUCAACUCAGCUCUUUGUUUGAUUGACUUCAUGCUCUUAAAGAAACGAGGUCGUUGUAGAGGAUGCAUCCAUAACGAUUUCUUUCCACAGAAAAACAGAUACGGUUUCAUUUGAAAUGCUAGAUCUAUGUUUUAGAAACGGCCAGGGCAUGCCUUGAGGCGAAGAGGCACUUAUUUCAAAAAGGUUUACGCUAUAAUGUAUGAUUUUAAGGUUUUUACUCACACCGAAAGAUUAAAUAUACUUUUGAAUCUUUGUUUCGGAGAAUGUUUCACACAAAAAAAGAGAACGUCCUGAUUGUUUACUCUCACCCUCUGGCAACCCAUACUUCAGCUGAAGAGAGAUUAAAGUGUUGACAUGAUUUUUCAUCAUCUAAUGCGAGUCAAUGGUGCUCAUUGUAGACCGUUUUCAACGGACCGGAAUCCAUAUCUAAGCAGAUUCAAAGUAAUCCACGUGACCCUAGCUGACAAACAGGAGUCAAUAAAAAAAGCAUAAUAUACAUUUUAAUUAUAAAUCUUUGUUCCAGUUUGUGUGGCAUACGUAUGUUGUGAAAAUCAAGCGUUUUUGUGUCCAUUUAUUGUUCACAGUGACAACUGCCUCAAAUUAAACUGAUGCUGGGAACUGUUUCUUUAAAAAGCUGGGUAUUUCUAUGGAUUUGUGCCUUAACAGCGAUGUAGGAAUACAUGGUUAGUGGCAGAUCUCACGAAGUCCUAUUGCAUUAAUUUUAACGUUUUUUUCUCUCGUUUUUUAAUCUGUCGCGUUGUAACAUCCUGUAUCCUAUAUAAAAUGAUCUCAAAUGACUGUACGCACAAAAAUACCAAUGUUACCUCUAGAAAAUAAAUUAAUCUCCUUGCA